GAAAGUAUGUUCCAAAUCCGUAUUGUCAAAAUGUAUUCAGUGAGUUAAAGUAAUAAGUUAAGACUAAAAUCAAAAAUAUAGCUAGUUUAACUUAGUGUAUAUAAAAUGACAAGUGUUUUGUUUAAAGAGUAAUGUAUUGUAAAUAAUAAAUCUGUUGGCCAGAGAUAACGGCUUUAAGAUCGUGUCAAGCGAUGUAUAUUGCUUAUAGGGUUUUCAAAUGUAAAAUAUUAUGAGGAGUUUCGGAUGUGGUAUGCUUUGCGAACUGAUUGUACUGGUUGUUAAUUAAUAAUGUAAAAAAUGAAGCGUUUAAUCUUAGAAAAAAACAAAAAUUAUGGAACAUUGUAGAAUAAAGAUAACAUAUUUACGUAACCUCUGUCACACAUUUUAAGAUAUAUCAAUUUUAAAAUAUGACGUUUACAUAACUUGCUUUCCGAUUCUAAACUUUCUUCAGACAAUUGUUGUAGAGAUUACUGAUUAAGGAUUCUUGAACGAAAUAAUAAAAUCCCUACAAUAAAAGAAAUAUGAAAUAAGUCAGAACAUAAAAAAACAUCUUUCAUCACUAUGGAGAAAAUUAUAGAAAUAAGGCAAUUUCAAACGUAGAAGACUAUCCAGACCCAAUUGUAACAAUAGAAAAGAACACUGGCAUUGAGACGCCUAAACCAGAAGUAGCAGCUAUGUCAACAAUUUCAGAAAAUACAACAAAAGAUGGACGUGCCCAGUUAACCACCUGUUAAAGGGCUUGAAGGGCUUAAAGCUCACUAGGGAUGGAAGGUGUAUGCGUCAAUAUGGUAUGAACGAUCGUGAUUAUAACUACUAGAAAUGUUCAUAUGAAAAGUAAUGUUUAAUGUUGAAAUGGCUUGAAUUAUUUGUUUUUAGUACGCAUUAUUACUUAAAUUAAUAUUAAUAAGAAUUAAUAUGGAAUAAACUAUAUUUACAGUGAAUUUUCUUUUUAUUCUAAACGAACAACGUAAAAAGACACUGGAUGAUGAAAUUUUGAAGAUGCUGAAUAGAAAAAUUAUCGGGAUAUUUAUAUUCUAAGAAAUCAUAUUGCAUUAUCGCUUUCGUUCGAAGAAUAAGGUUAAAAGGUUACGUACAUAUCUUAGUCAAAGUAGAGCAAUAAGACCCAGUCGAGAUUGCUAUACUGUACGAGCAAUAUUUAAAUUUAAAAUGAAAAUUUAUUUUUUAAUUCUUUGCGUUGGUGCUUUUCUGUGUUCUACACAUGGAGGCCUGCUCAAGGAUGUUGUUGGAACAAUCCAUGAGAAAGCAAAUAACAUAAGGGAAGAUAUAAGAAAUGUCCUUCAUCACAAAGAUGAUCAGCAUUCGAAGAACACUAUUCCAGAUACAUACGGGAAACUUACAACAACAGAAAAAAGCAGUGAAGUUGUAACAACUCAUGAUUCAAAUAAAAUUGAAUUCGUGACUACAGAAAAAUCAACAGAGGCUAUUAAUGUUGAGUCACUCAGUAGUGACAUCGUGUUCCCAACAGAAAAAAUUGAAGCCAAGCCUACGGAGAGUUAUAAAGUACCUAGUACAACUAAAGCUAGUAAUACAACGGACGAUGAUAAAGAUGGACGUGAGAACUUUGCGGGUGGUUGUGCAACUGGUUUUAAGAAAACUUCAGACGGACGAUGCAAGCCUACUUUUUAAUAAGUAGGUAUUAAUCGAAGUUAACAAAAUGCUAUUUCAUCAACGUUUAAAUAUGUAUGAUUUAAUUGUAUAUUUGGAAAAGGAAACUUAUGUAAACGUAAUUGUUUUAUCCACUAUUAAUUAAAUGUAUAAAAGGAUAAAAUUAGUUUUAUU